AUGCUAGCGAGUGGGGUUCGCCUCAGUCCCGGGCCUGGCCGUGCUGUGGAAGUGGCGGCAGGUUCGAUUCCCGGUGGUGGGGCCGGCGCUGCUUCCGUCGCCGGUUAUAGUAGCAGCGGCAACAGCAGUAGCAGCAACAACAGUGAGACCGUCGCGUCGCUGCCGGGAAAGAUGAGCCUUUCUCCGAAGGAGCUGACGAGCUUGCUGAGCAUCGUAUCUGAAGAGGCCGGGGGCAGCACUUUCGAGGGCCUCUCCACCGCCUUCCACCACUACUUCGGAAAGGCCGAGCAUUUCCGCGUAGGCUCCGUCCUGGUGUUGCUGCUGCAGCAGCCGGAUCUGCUGCCCACGCCGCCGCAGCGCCUGACUGCCCUCUACCUACUCUGGGAGAUGUACCGUACCGAGCCGCUCGCUGCCAACCCCUUCGCCGCCAUCUUCGCCCACCUCUUGAAUCCGGCGCCCCCCGAGCGCGCCCCCGCCGGCUCGGGGCCCGGAGCGGCAGGGAGCGGCGGCGGGGACGACAACGAAAAGCCGCCGCUCUCAGGCUUUUUGCCCGCAAUUACUCCACCAGAACGAUUCUUUCUUUCCCAGUUGAUGUUGGCCCCUCCUAGAGAACUCUUCAAAAAGACUCCAAGACAGAUUGUAUCGAUGGAUGUAGGAAAUAUGGGCCAAUCUGUGGAUAUAAGCGGUCUUCAGUUAGCAUUAGCAGAACGUCAGUCUGAGCUGCCAACACAAAGUAAAGCUAGCUUUCCUAGCAUUCUCAGUGAUCCUGAUCCAGAUUCUUCGAAUUCUGGUUUUGACAGCUCUGUUGCAUCCCAGAUUACUGAAGCCUUAGUGAGUGGACCAAAACCACCUAUUGAAAGUCAUUUUCGACCAGAAUUCAUCCGCCCACCACCUCCACUCCAUAUAUGUGAAGAUGAGUUAGCUUGGUUAAAUCCAAUAGAGCCAGAUCAUACAAUUCAGUGGGAUAAGUCAAUGUGUAUUAAAAAUAGUGCUGGAGUGGAAAUCAAACGAAUCAUGGCCAAAGCAUUCAAAAGUCCUUUGUCAUCACAGCAACAAACACAGCUUCUUGGAGAAUUGGAGAAAGAUCCUAAGCUUGUUUACCAUAUUGGCCUCACUCCUGCCAAAUUGCCUGAUCUGGUGGAAAACAAUCCUUUAGUAGCUAUAGAAAUGCUGCUUAAAUUAAUGCAAUCAAGUCAGAUAACUGAAUACUUUUCAGUACUAGUCAACAUGGACAUGUCUCUACAUUCAAUGGAAGUUGUAAAUCGGCUCACUACAGCAGUUGAUCUUCCUCCAGAAUUUAUUCAUCUUUAUAUAUCCAAUUGUAUUUCUACUUGUGAACAAAUUAAGGAUAAGUAUAUGCAGAAUCGUCUGGUACGUCUUGUUUGUGUAUUCCUACAAUCCUUGAUUCGAAACAAAAUAAUUAAUGUACAGGACUUAUUUAUAGAGGUGCAAGCCUUUUGUAUUGAAUUCAGCCGGAUAAGAGAAGCAGCUGGACUUUUUCGAUUGCUGAAGACACUUGACACUGGUGAAAAUCCUUCAGAAACAAAGACUUCUAAAUAAGACUGAUUUGGAACUUUUUUUUACUUGAUUAGUGUGGAAAAAAUUCUGUAUAGUUUUUUGUUGCUUGCAAUUAAAAUGUUUGUGCUUUAUUAAAUUGAAGUUUUUGUUGAUGACUUGGAACUAAUUUAAACUUUAAGCAAAUUAACCUGAUGUUAAACCCGAAACUCUAAAUGGGUGCCAACCUACGUAGCAAAGUAUUCCAUGCUCAUCUGUGUUCCAGAUGAUUUUUAAUCAAGUUUAAACAAAAACAGAAAAACUUGGGAGCUUACAUAUCACCCACUAAAAAUGAUAAACAAGACCCAAAAAUCAUUCUUGGAAAGGGAACAGGCUGCUAUUGAGCUUUAGAACAUGCCAACAUAUCUCUUUAAAACAUACUUUUCAAAAUGCUACUAAAUACUAUGAGUAGGCCAUUUUUAAACUAAGUUUUGUAGAGGUAUAUGUUUAAUUUAAUCAAGUGCUUAAUCUAGAAUUGUUUUAAGCAAGUUUAAGAUCAAUGGCAUUAAACUCCCAGGAAUUCCCAGUCAAUAGGAAAUUGCUGGAAAUUUAACUUUAUGCAACAUGAAAUAGGUGUCAGUUUCACAUUAGCAAGAUCAUGGCAAUGAUCUUGCUAAUGUGAAAUACUGUAUUUGCUUCUGAUAAUUGAGAAGUGGCAUUUUGAAAGUGAUUUCUUAAAUCUUAUCAUUUUACAGUGCAAAACAGUUAAACCUUUUAUAGUUUUCUCCUGGAUUACUAUAGUCCAUAAUAAAGCUUCACCAAAAAUAAGAAAGGAUAUCUGUAAAUGUAACUGGAGAAAUCCAUGCUAUUUUGGGGCAAAAACAUGCUAUUCAUGCUAUUUUGGGGCACUUCUUCAAUAACUUAGAAUAAAAGAUUCUUUUAAAGAUAUAAAAGCAGUAAUACAUUCUAAUGAUAUAAACAUCAAACUAAGCCUUACAUUUUCCCGAAAAUCAGAUCUAUCCUGAAACUAAGACCUAGCAUGUUUUUACGCAUGCGCCUAAUAUAAGCCUUACUCCCC